CGCGAGCACCAAAGGCACUUGGAGCCUCGCGCGACUCAGUCAGGUUGCUCUCAGGUGUUUUUGUGUAUCUGACGGAACCGGUCAUCACCAUACCAUGGCGUAUAAACUGAGGAGGGCGCCGCUAUUCGGCUACGAUGGGAGUCUCUGCCUGGGCAAUGCCGCCCCUCCGACCUACAAGAAGAGCACCCCUAUCAAGAAAAAACUGCCAAUGGAGUGCGGCGUGACUGCGAGCUACACAAAUGGUGGCCCGGCGGCGGCCAGCGGCCUCCGCGGAGGCGAUGUGCACAACGAACGCAGCCCGGCCAAGUCGGGCCUGCACGUCAACUUUUCGGACCAGAGCGAGGUGAAGAAGAGCCGCGAAAAGUUCCUCACGGCCAAGUACGGAUCACACCAGAUGAGUCUCAUCCGAAAGCGCCUCGCCGUCGAAAUGUGGCUUUACGACGAGCUGCAGAAACUCUACGAGAUCCCUGCUUCCAAGACUGGAAAUACCGAGGUCGAGGUUGACUUGGAUCACCUGCUAGACAUGGAUGAUGACAAUCAAAGAAGACAACAUUUACAGGAAAUCCUGGUAGAUGCCAAGAAAUCUCCACUGGAUGUCAAGAAAUUCGUGGAAGAUUUGCUGGAGCGCGCCAAGACCCUCUGAACGCCGCCGGCGCCACCGCAUCUUUCUUUAUUGCAAGCAAGAGGAAAAAACGAGAAGAGAGAUUUGCAAGAGCAGAAGAAGACGAGGCCAACUUCCUUCUUCAACCCUUCGUCGAUUGGGCAAAAUUUAUCAGAGCGCAUUUCAGAUCAAGAGCAAGUGCAGUGCGUGUGCUUCGGACCAUUUUUUAGUUAUCUAAGAGUGCUUACAGUAAUUUUAAUUGAUUAAGUAAAAUGUCUCCCAUUGAAUAACAAACAAAAAAACAAACAAACUCUUUUGUACGUGUCAUCCGUUUAUUUGCCGCUUGUACAUAGACUGAGAGAGAGACGUUCUUUUUUUUACCUUUUUGUGCAAUUUUGUGUUUAUUAAACCCCCUACAGCAUGUUUGUUCAUCCCUUACGUUAAACACUGAUCUGAGCAAUAGUACAUUACUUACUUACAAUCCACCUUGAUUACGUUGGUAUGAAGAGUGGGAAUUUCCUUCUUGAGGGUUGAAGCUAAUGGAGAAUUUGUGGAGGGUUUUUUGUAUCUUUUGGUAAAAGAUUGAAACUUGUAAUGCAGUUGCACACCACUGGAGGUUUAAAAAUAAUGCACUUUUUUGUAACUUUCGGUGUUUUAUAUCGAUCAAAAAUUAUACUUCUUGUAGUGAUCUCAACCAAACACACAUUAGAAAAGCGUCAAGCGCGAGGGACCGAUUUUUGCAAAUUAUAUUGGCCCUUUUCAAUUGUAGAUUUUGCAUUUUGACACCCCUUUUGAGUUGUUCUCAUAAUUUAUCAGUUUGGAAAAUGCAAAAUUUACUGUGAAAGGUGUCCGAGACUGUGGAGAAAAAUGUUAAGCUUCUGUGUGGCUCUGCAGCCUUUUAAAAAGAGAGAGAAAUUAACGAGAGGCAGAUUGUUGUGAUGUUGUUGAAAUUUGUUCAUCUCGGCAGCUAAUUAUAAUGAGCAGAACCCUAAUUGUUCGUUGCUGAAAAUUAUUGUGAUGCGAGAUGAUGAAAGAUUUUUCAUACAAACUGCGUAGCUGCAUGCCAGAGUGCAAAAAAUAAACUAAUCCAAACGUAAAAUUACAUACUUAAGAGAGUGCGGAGAAAAAGAGUUUAAUUAUAAAGUAAAAAUGAACACAUGCCUCUUUAUGAAGGAUCAACACCAACAACUCUGAAAACUUCAAAAAAAUCUUUUGACGAGCCGCCUUCAUAAUUAGGUGCCAAAAAACAAUGUCCCUCAAAAUUCGCGCAUUUGUACUGCAAAGUAAAUCUGGGUAAUUAAAAUCACGCCCUGAAACAAAUCAUUCAACCCCCUGAAUUAGGCUAAAGGCGUAGCAACCAAUUCAUAGGCCUUUUUGUAUAAAUAAAAACCAAAUAAUGUCCUCCCGGACGCAGGUAAUUUUAAACCUCUCUGUGAAAAAUUACAUUUUCGAGGGUUUUUUUGCAGAUUUAAUUAUUUUAAAGUUAGUUGACAAAAUUGUCUUUGGAUGCUGUAUGAUGAUUUUGAGCGCACAACGUGCGAGUGGAUUUUGACGAUUUAUUAUUUUAAUUUAAACAGAAAACUUCCUUUGGUUACUUUGUAAGGUUUACGAGUUUAGUUUUUAAGAUAUAGAAUCAAACAAUGAACAGGAGGAUUAAUUAUUGUGUAAAUGUAUGUCUUUGUGAAGAUAAAUAUAGAGUGGAAAAUAUGA